AUGUCGACGAUAUCCCUUUCGGAUCUCGAAUUCGUGACUCGCGAGUCUCUCGCCAGCGACUUCAAAUCCUCCGGCAAAUCGCUGCCUGAAAACACUGCAGUCAUCGACGUACGAGACAGCGAUCACGUCGGCGGUCACAUCAAAGGCUCAACCUGGGUCCCUUCGUCGCAACUCGAUUACAAAACUCCCGAGCUGAUCCGCACACUACAAGACAAGGAAGUCGUCAUCUUCCACUGCGCGUUAUCGCAGCAACGGGGUCCCAGUGCGGCAUUGAGAUAUCUGAGAGAGAAGGAGAGAUUGGAUCCGGCCUCUAAGGUGGAAUCAAAGGGCGAGGUUGAGGAACAGAGUGGAGCGGUUGAUAAGGAAGAAGGGGGGAAAGGACCUAGCGGGACACAGGUCAAGAAGCAAAAGGUCUAUGUGCUUCAGGGAGGCUUCACGAUGUGGCAGGAGAAGUAUGGGCAGGAUAAGGAUUUGACGGAGGGGUAUGAGAAGGAUAUUUGGGAGUUUGGUACGCCGGAUCAUUAG